UUGGAUCCACGACUUUGAUUUCUACAAGCUACGUUGUCAAUCCCAAGUGCAAAUUUUUUGAUGCUCAUGCCCAUCGCCGCCUAGAAAAGCAAGUUGAUGUACUAUGAACCGACUGGAUGAUCCGCCAGGACUCAUGAAAGGCAGAAAACCAUCUUUCAUUGGAAUGAACGGGGCUCCGGAGACAGAUGAUCAGCAGCGAUUACGGUUUCAAGUUGAGUUAGAGUUUGUACAAUGCCUCGCUAACCCAAAUUACUUAAAUUUUUUGGCACAACGUGGCUACUUCAAAGAUAUGACGUUUAUUAAUUAUCUCAAAUAUCUAUUGUACUGGAAAGAACCAGAAUAUGCAAAGUAUUUGAAGUAUCCUAUGUGCUUGUAUUUUCUGGAUUUAUUGCAAUAUGAGCACUUUAGAAGGGAAGUUGUGAAUGCUCAAUGUACAAAGUUUAUUGACGAUCAGCAGAUUCUACUGUGGCAGCAUUAUACAAGACGUCGGACAAGACUUUUGCAAACAGCUGCUGAGCAAACGCAACACACCAAUUCUCAAAACAAUGGUAUCGCUCAACCUAAGGUUCCCUAAAUUUGUAAUUUUAUAUUUAUUCUAUAUGUGUCUAUGGAGAUACAGUCCAUAUCUUAUAUGUCAUUUCCAAUACGAUAGAUUUUUACACGGGAAUCGAUUAAUUUAGUUUGUUAUUGCUUGACUGUGAUAAUUCAUAAAUUUUCUCACAUUUUUACAUGUCAUUGAAUCACAUUUCUUUCUUGUAUAAAUGCAAAUAAAUUAUUUAUUAAAGAAAUUAGAAGAAAAGAAUAUUUUCGUCGAUAAUAUAAUACACAAUUUAUUUUUUCCUAAUCAAUCUUAUUACAUUAUGAUUGUUGCAAGUGUAUACCUAAAUAUAAUAGUAUAUCUCUGUAAUAUGCUCUGUGAGAAUCUGCUCUUUAAAUGAUCAGUUGCAUAUCGAAUCACAGGUAAAAAUCUUUAAACGACAAAUAAAAAUCGAUUUUUUGGA